GUCUGUGUCUGUAAUCUGACUGCGUUGCACUCGUCAACGCCGAAACCCACGCCUUAACGGUCUAAUGGCAACCGCCAUGUAUUAUCACACUUGUGCGCUCCUUGCGCUCCUGGUGGCUUCUGCAUCACUCGAUGUCUACGCUGCACCGGCCGUAUCUCAUGUCCACCGGAGGCAGCAACAAGACGGCGCGGGCAGCUCAAUGUCCAUAGGGCCACAAGUUUGGAUACCGCUUGUCGUCAUCGGCAUCCUCUUCGUCGUGGGCGUAACCCUCGCUUGUGGGAGCCGCCACUUCCGCCGAUUUUCGAACUGGGGCACUGGAGCUGCACAGGCGGCGGGGGCCUCGGCCGGGACGACGCCUGCAAAUGCGCGCGAGCUUACUGCGGACCAGCUCGCGGGCACCAAUGGCACGGCGGCGAAUAACGCGAGCGGGGGAACGAAUCGUGCGCGGAGGCCGAGGCGGACGCGACGCACCCCGAGCCAGAUCUCGACGCACUCGCUGCCAGCGUACAACAAGGAGCCGGGAGAGCAGGAGAUUGUGAUCGUUCGGGGCGCGGAGGAUAUGGAGGACAUGCCGAUACCAAUCACGGUGACCAUGCCUGCCGUCGACGAGCGUGCGGACACGCCCGACGGAUCGUUCGACCACACCCGGCCCUCGUCCGAGUACGUGGCUAUGCCCGAGUCGCCCAACGACGAGCCGCUGUUGCAAAAUAGCGAGCAGCACUUGAACGUAGCGUCGAACGACACCGCAACGCGCCGGAGCUUCGACAGCGCUCUGAGCUCUGACGAGAACGCGCAGAUGCACUACACUGAUGAUGCGCCACCGUACGAGGCGUACGAGGCUGUUUCGCUUGAUGGUCCUGAUUCCCCGGCGUCACCUCCGUCGUCGGCCGCUGCGCCGACCGCUGGCGCGUCUGGCGGACAAGGGUCGCAACAGGCGCCCGCAGAGCAGCCAGGAUCGACGCGCCGUCGGUCUGUGUUCAUGUCCAUCUUCAACCCGCGUAACUCUCGUCUUGCGCCCCCUCCGGUGCCCACGAGCACGGAAUCGCAUGAGCCGCGUACAAGUAGCCAUACGCGCGACGGCUCAAAUCCCUCCAUCAUCUCCCUUGCGCCGUCCGACCGUGAGCCGCGUCCGCGGAGUCGCGUCCGACACCGGCCGUCUCAGUCGGGCUCGGGCUCGAUGCUCAGCCUCCUCUCGCGGACGCGUUCGAACAACAACCUCGCGGCCGAUAGGCUCACGUCUCCCUCGAUGAUCAGCCUCAACUCGAUCUCCUCGCCGUUGUCGCAUACGCUCGUCCGGACGGACUUUACGUACCCGAAGAGCGGACCGACGCCCGAACAGCUGAAGCUCAUCUCGAGCAGAGAGAGCUUCGCGCGGUUUGGUGUUCCGUACGGACGCGACGCGAUCGCGUUCGCUGCGUCAUCGUCGAGGAUCGAUCUGGAGCCGCCCCCUGGGUUCGAGGAAGUCGCGGGGACGAGCGGAGUUGCGGAUUCUUCCUCAGUUGAGGUGGGGAACGAUAGUUCCAGCUCAAGUCUCCCAUCCGGGGUUGAGAGCACGGAAACGGCCGAGGCCGAGUCAAGCUCGUCGGACGAUGAUGCUCAUGCUCCGGCAGCGGGGACCGACCUAGCAACACAAUCGGAAACCAACGAAGUGGCUCGAGACGCUGCUAAUAACGACGUGGGCGUGUCACCGUCAACAGAGUCCAUCUCUGCCGUCCAGCCGUCUACGUCGUCCACCAGUGAAACUCCCGCCCCGACAGCCGCUUCAGCGUCCUUAGAUUCUCCAGGCCCGGCGUCGCCGCCCACCUUGCUGUCGCCUCCUGUUAGCGCAUCGGCCACUUCCCCUACCGCAUCCAACGCCCCGCCAUCCGCGUUCAAAGGCGCCUUCAACACCGGCUCACUUCCCACACGCACUGCGUCCCGUGCGAGUUCAUACAUGUCGUUCGCCACCGCCGAAGAGUCGCUUCCCUCGUCCGAGCCUCCUACCCCAGGUGCGUCGCACUACGACCUACACGCGACCGACGAUGCGUACGAGAGCGCGGCAGAAACGCCGGUGAAUGGCUCUGCAGCGACAACACCACGACUCGAAACACGACACCUGCACGAAACCACGGACACGACCAUUACGCCCGACCGAUGAGCCUCUAGCCGGUUUGUCGUCGUACACCAUGCUUCCCUACCCCCACAAAGUCAAUAGGACUGAUCGGGGUUUCCUCCUGGACUUUCCUAUUGUUUUAUCUGAGAUCGGAUAUUUUUCUUCUAUACGCCUGCUUGGAAUGCCCCCAUUGCUUUCCCCUCCCCUAUUUCGAUCUCACCACCCCUGCCUUUGCGAGGCGGGCGCACCCAGUCCUGCACCUGCUCACGCUCCUCGUCGAGCUCCUACGGUCGCGUAACGGGCGUCCCGCCGCCAUCCCUCACCGCAGGCAUCGCUUCCACGUCGUAUCAGCUCCGUUUUUUGCUCCUCGCAUCUGCACAUUGACAUCUGUACCACCACCAUAGGCUCUAUCUCCUGCGACACCUACUGCAUCCACAUCUGCAUCUCUACCUCUCUACCUUUAUCUCGGAUCUCUGGCAUUAUCUAUCAUCGUCCUGCUGGUUAAUAGACCCCCUCCCU